CAAGUCCAUUUUGGAACGGGUGUGCUAGCUAAAUACAGUUUCUAAUUCACAAACCUACGAAACCUUUGCCACAUGAAUCCACUUUUUAUCUCCCUCAAAAGGGGCGUGAGAAAUGCAAUUAAAGCAAAAUCCAACCCAACAAACGCACUUGGUUCAUUGCAUUCAUGCCUUAGUGCCUUUCUAGCCCCCAUAGAUAAUUUCCCAACAACUUCCACCUCAGAAUUCAAACACAAAUAAAAUCUACGUCCAAAAUUUCAGAAUUCCAUUAAGAAAUGGCCUUCGACAACAAAUCCAAGAAGUCUAGUUCCCCUUCUAAUUCUACUUUCUUCAUCACCCUUGUUUUCCUUGUCCUCUGUACCAUACCAGUAUUUUUACUCCUCCAAACAACCACCACCCUCUCCAAAACCUGGUCAGGCGAUCUUCGUUUAGCUGAAUUCGCAUGGAACAAACUCCCAUUUCUUGAACACAACCCUUCACCCGUACCUCUCAAAAUCGCUGUCUUCUCUAGAAAAUGGCCUAUUGGAACCACUCCUGGUGGCAUGGAGCGCCAUGCAUUCACCCUUCACACCGCUCUAGCUCAACGUGGCCACAAGGUUCAUAUCUUCACCUCUCCACCACAAGAAGAAAGUGCUUCAGACACAACAAUCAAUCACCAAGCAGAUGCUAAUGCUAAUGCACCCUCUUCACCUUACAUCCAUUGUCACGAAGGGGAGCCGGGUAAGUGGCGCUACAACAAAGCAUGGGAACAGUUUCUGGAACAAAACCAGAAAGAACCAUUCGAUGUAGUUCACUCAGAGAGUGUAGCACUUCCUCACUGGCUUGCUCGCGAACUUCCCAACCUUGCAGUUUCUUGGCAUGGCAUAGCUCUUGAAAGCUUGCAAUCUAGUAUCUUCCAAGACUUGGCUCGUACGCAACAUGACGAGGCUAGUUCCCCAGACUUUGACAAAGGCUUACAAGGGGUUCUCCCUAAGAUUCUAAAUGAGAUAAGAUUCUUCAGGAAAUAUGCACACCAUGUUGCUAUCAGUGAUAGUUGUGGUGAGAUGCUAAGAGACGUGUACCAAAUUCCCAAGAGAAGAGUGCAUGUGAUUCUCAACGGGGUAGAUGAGGAUGGCUUCAGAGAAGAUCUAGAAUUGGGAAAGGAAUUUAGAACCAAAAUUGGCAUUCCAAGCAAUGCUAGUUUAGUGCUUGGUGUAGCUGGAAGAUUGGUGAAGGACAAAGGUCACCCUCUCCUUCAUGAAGCAUACUCUAUGCUAAUAACCAAGUACCCCAAUGUGUAUUUGAUUGUAGCUGGGUCAGGACCAUGGGAGAAUCGGUAUAGGGACUUAGGGAGGCAAGUUCUUGUUCUUGGAUCAAUGAGUCCUUCCAUGCUACGAGCAUUCUACAAUGCCAUUGACAUCUUUGUCAAUCCUACACUUAGGCCACAAGGGCUUGAUCUUACUCUGAUGGAAGCCAUGAUGAGUGGGAAGCCUCUUUUGGCAUCGAGGUUUCCGAGCAUCAAAGGUAGUGUUGUGGUGGACGAUGAAUUUGGCUUCAUGUUCUCUCCCAACGUGGAAUCACUCUUGGAGGCUCUCCAAGCUGUGGUGAAGGAAGGCAAGGAAAGGCUUGCAAGGAGGGGAAAGGCAUGCCGUGAAUAUGCAAUUUCUAUGUUUACUGCAACAAAGAUGGCCUUGGCGUAUGAGAGACUAUUCCUAUGCAUAAAAGAAGAUAAAUUUUGUAACUAUCCUUGAGGUUUAAAAUCUUUUUCUUUCUAUCAUUGCCUUUUCUGCUUCUUUUAUUCGAACAUGACUGUAUCAAAAUUAUAAAAAAGAUUGUCAGUUUGAGAUAUUGUUUUGGUAAUUAUAAUUUUAUCCUGAAUUGUCAAGUGAUAGCUUUUGUUUUAA